AUGUCUGAUUUGCAGACUGUAGUUGACUACGUCCUAGGCACUGGCUUGGACCAAGACUACACGAGCGGCGAAAUGGUGAUGUUCCGCUGCCACAACGGACUGUCGGUUACUGUGCGCACCAGCGGCACCGAACCAAAGCUUAAAUACUACUCCGAGCUCGUCUGCGAUGCUGACACUGACAGGAUGAUAAAACGCAACACCACACUCCUCUUGGCGCAGCAAGGCAAGUUGCCGCUGUUUGCGUUCGAGGAGGCCAUCGGCUACAUGUGCAACCAUCGUGUGCCCGAUAAGGACGGCGUAUCGGCCGCUGUACAGGUGGCGUCGCUAGCGUCGCACCUAUACUCCAGCGGUUCGUCUCUACUGAAACAACUGAACACCCUGUAUUCCCAGUACGGGUACCACGUGACGCACAACGCGUAUUUUAUCUGCCACGAAUCUAGCGUCAUGCAGAACAUAUUCCGCAGAAUCAGGAACUACCAUGGGCAUGGGCAGUACCCAAAGAAAGUUGGCUCGUGUGAAAUCACCUACAUCAGGGAUUUCACGGCUGGCGUCAAGAUCCCUGAAACUGUCGUGGGCGAACAACACUUGAGUAAGUACUAGCACCACAGCUCCUCCAUCU